AGAUGGAAGAUGUAGUGUAGGAGAGCCUGACACCAACAGCGUCCAUCAACUUCUCUCACUUUCUUGGCUGAGUAUCAAUACAGUCCUCUGAGGCAUCUUCACAAUGCCAUCCAACUUUCUGACGCCCUUCCUGGAGUUGGACGACGAGUUUUGCAAGAACCUUCGCAAUUUGGAGAUGGCAGAUAUUGCACCCCCUGCUGGUCAGAAGCAGCGUGUGGCUGGAUUCCAGCGCAGACAUUCCUUGUGUCCGGUCACUCUGCCCAACUCAAAGUUCAACUGCAUCAGUUCAGAGCCCGCAGGUGACUCCUGCCUCUGGCCCUUGGGUGGCAUCAUUGGCCAGCAGCUGCCCCGCUCUUCUCUCAACCACAUCCCAUUCAGAGUGGACCGCUCUGUUAGCAUGAUCGAGGGACAUGUGAGCGGCCUUGGAGGCUGUGAUUCAUCUGUUCAGUCACUGCCCCCUCCUCCACCAGGCCUAAGCCUGAGCAACAGCUCUCUGGCCUCUUCCAAAGUCAUCGGAUCUGACCCAGCAGUCUCCACCCGAUACAAGACCGAGCUUUGCCGUACUUAUGAAGAAAGUGGCACUUGCAAGUAUGGCGCCAAGUGCCAGUUUGCUCAUGGGAUGGAGGAGCUUCGAGGCCUAGACCGGCACCCGAAAUACAAAACAGAGCCCUGCCGCACCUUCCACACCAUCGGCUUCUGCCCAUAUGGGGCCCGCUGCCACUUCAUCCACAAUGCAGAUGAGCAACACAACCAGCAGGAAAGUGCCUGGCAACAAAAAUCAAGAGAACGUCCCCAGCUGCUUCGGCAGAGUGUCAGCUUUGCUGGCUUUUCUUCUCAAGCUUUGACCAAUUUCCAGGCCCUUCCAGACCCCCUAGCCUUCACCAGGGCAGCGUCAGUCUCUCCACCGCCAUCUACAGGCAGUCCUGACCUGUUAUCCCCCUUGUUUCCUGAGCCUGGAACCUUGAAGAACAGCUACCGCUUCUCUGCGGAUCUAGGCAGUAAAGGCCCUCGCUUCUAUGCCCUGGGUGAUCCCAAAGGUCAAGCCGAAAGUUCCCAGAGCAUCCGCAACAGCUUCACCUUCACUGGGUUAGCGGCCCUGCAACGUACCGGGUCUGCGGACUCUCUAUCUGACCAGGAGGGCUACUCAAGCUCCAGCUCGGGAAGCCUGAGCGGUUGCGAAUCUCCCGGCCUUGAGGGCCGCCGCCUGCCUAUCUUCAGCCGCCUGUCUGUCUCAGACGAUUAGAGUGAAAAAGUGUAUCCGUGCAUAUUGCAUCCACAACCCAAGCAGAUGUGUCUGCUUUUAAUUUGUAAAAGUUGUAGACAAACUCUCUCAAAAACAAUGUAUACUGUUGUAUACCGGUUUGAAGCUGUACUGGGUACUUCUUUUCUAGAUUCACACUUUUGGGUCUCCUAGAUGCAAGGAAAGUUCUAUGUGAGAACCUUUCCGUACCCGUUAUGUUUGAAAAUUUAAGAGUUAACCGCUAGCGCAGAAGAAUCCAUUAGCCACUAACAUCCUGUUUGUAAUGUAUAGUGGCUGUGCACCUAUCAGUAGUCUAACCAAAGCAAAGCAACUUAGUCUGUAUUAGCUGUAGAUCCAUCCCUAAACCUGCGCCCAAGCAUACUGUACACAAAAUGUAGCCUUUAGUGAAGGCAUUUAUGAACUUGACAGUAUUACUAAGUAGCUUAACCUUAGUCCCCCCUUGAUGAAACUAUUUAUUGCCCCAUUUUCUCAUGUGUUCUGAAGUUUUUUAUGCAUUUCUGUUUAUGUGGAUGACCAUGCUUUACUGUGUUUCACUGUGUUUGCUUUGUUUGAGCUGUCUGUUAGCUUUAAGUGACACCAGCAGUACAGACUGAAUGUAGAAACCUCAGGAUUGUAUCUGGUAGAACGCCACCACUUUUCCAUUGCCUUCAGUGAGAUCAUGUUUGGGCUCAAUCACUGCAAACAAACGUAUGUGUGAGUGAACGUGUGGGUGCAUGCAUGUGUGGAUGUGUUAAGUGGCAGCGUGACAAUGUAAUAGGAACAAGUGCUGCACCAUCUUAGUCUCUUGCACUCUCAGCCUUUAAUUGAAGAGACAAAAGAUGCUAUUUGCAAUGUAUACAUCGAUCGAAAAAGAAGUGCAUUCUCUCCGAUGGUGUGAUUAGAAAUCGCAAGCUUACACCAUAGCAGAUACCUUACAAAAAGAAAUACGGUGAGGCUCUCUGUUCAUUUGUUUUCCUAUGUUUUGCCUUAACUGCGAUGCAGAUGUAAGCUUUUGCCUUUUGUUAACUUAAACUUAUUUAUUUUUUCGUUUUUUCAGCGAGAGAAAAAAGAAUUUGUGCUAUGAUUUUUUUAUUGCAGUUUUAUAUAUAAUUUAAAACUGGACUGUUUACAUUCCUUGGGGGAGGUUCAUGUCCCCACUUUUAUUAUAAUAUAUUGGUGACUGUUUUGAAAUAAACUUUCAGAAGCGAGUUCA